GGCAGGAGAGAGAGAGAGAGAGAGAGAGCCCCGGGGGUUCUGGUAACACUGCACGGACGUAAACAAACACCCUUCAUGCACUGAGGAGGAAAGUUACCUGCAAAUUCCUCAUGACAACUCCCUCCUCGGGCUAGGCAGGUCUCCUCAUCCCCCCCUCUAAGGAUGACGGAGAGGGACACUAGCCCACUGGAACUCCAUGCGGCAGCCCCUAAACUCCAGCUGCCGGUCAUUGAAGAGCUGAACUUGUAUUUCAACUCUAAAAUAGCCAAGAUCAUUGCCACAGGAGUUGUCAUAGUCUUCAUUACCUACCAUGGCUUCCUGCAUGCUGUCGAUGGAGGAGAUUCAUGUAAUCGGCUGCUCUCAGAUGGACGGUUUCAAGGGGCGCUGGUGUGGCAGCCAUAUGGGUGUAUGCUGCACACCUACUCCAACACGGACUCUCGGCGAUGCAUGCGCUACGUUGCCUUCCUCAAGCAGAACAACCACAUGCUCUUCAUCGGAGACUCACGCAUUCGCCAGACCUUCCAAGCCAUGGUGAAUCAGAUCGCUGUUAGUCACCCCAAACUUCCCGAGGCUGCCCAUGAGGACCUCCACUACAACGACUCCAACCUGCGACUCUCCAUGGACUUCCUCUGGCGACCCACCAUUGACGAAAACUUCUCAAAAGUCAUCGGCCAGCUGAAGAGGAAGAAGCCGCUGCCCAAGCUGAUCGUGCUUGGUGGGGCGUCGCAUAUCAUCAAGGAGCAGAACGGCUCAGCCUCCGCCCUUGAGGAGUACAAGAGGAACCUCACCGCUAUCUCCUCCGCCCUAGACCAGAUUGGCAACCGCACUCGCCUGCUCUGGAUGCUGCAAGACCCGGUUGUGCCCGAGCGCCUCAAGGCAAACCAGCGUGCCGUCACCAACGACCAGCUCGACCUCUACAACAUGGCGGCUAUGGAGGUUCUCUACAACACCAAGGUCAGGAUAUGGUCCAGUUCGCGCCUGGUGGCUCAGGGGAGCAUCAGCGGCUUUACAGACGGCCUUCACGCUGGGGACGUGGCUGUGAAGUAUGACACUCAGAUUCUGUUGAACCUGUACUGCAACGAUCACCUCAACUUCAAUGAUGGGACUUGCUGCAACUCAAGGGAAGCCGUCACCAUGAUGCAGAUCGCUACUUUUGCUGCCCUCUGUUUCUGUCCAAUCAUCAUGAUCGCCGUGGCCGUCAAGCAAUGGUUCUGCGUCUCAAACCACAUGGGAGGGGGAGGAGGAGGGGGUUUGAUGCAGCCUUCCUCCUCCACCUCCUCUGCAUCCUCCUCCUCAUCUUCCUCCUCCUCGUCCUCUUCGUCUUCCUCCUCGCAGCAGCUGAGGGAGAUAAGCACAUGUUCGCAUGCCAAUAAUAUUAAGAGUGAUCCGCGUUCAUCCUACCAAGAGUUUCUUUUCGCAUUGGGCAAGCUUGGACUCAUCAUGGGCUACUUCUUCCUCUGUGACAGGACAAGUCUGUUUAUGAAGGAGAACAAGUACUUCUCACACCUCAACUUCUGGCUGCCGUUGGGUUAUGUCUUCGCCCUGGGACUGUUCUUCACGGAGGACACGUCUCACACCAGACUCCUGCACCGGGACAUGACCGACGAGUGGAAGGGGUGGAUGCAGCUGGUCAUCUUGAUCUACCACAUGACGGGUGCCUCUCAGGUCUUGCCCGUGUACAUGCAUGUGCGCGUUCUCGUGUCCACAUACCUCUUCCUCACCGGCUACGGCCACUUCUCCUACUACUGGACCGGGCGAGACAUGGGCAUCGUACGGUAUUGCCAGGUCAUGUUUAGGAUCAACUUCGUGGUGGUGAUCCUGUGUCUGGUGAUGAACCGCCCCUACCAGUUCUACUACUUCGUGCCGCUGGUCUCCUUCUGGUACACCGUCAUGCAUGUCACUCUCGUCCUGCCCCCGCGCAUCACCAGGCCGGCGCACGCUAACUCCGAGGCCUCGCCCUUCAACUACUUGUACAGCAUCAUCAAGUUCAUCGGCCUCGGGGGGUUCAUUACAGUGCUGUUCUUGUCUGAGGUGUUCUUUGAGAAGAUCUUUGUAAUGCGUCCGUGGAAGGCUUUGUUUGUCACCACUGAUGAUGACAUACACGAGUGGUGGUUCCGUUGGCAGCUGGACAGAUACAGUCUGCUGUAUGGCAUGAUGUUCUCGCUGGUGUACAACGCCCUCACGCAGUACAGCCUCAUCAAUGACAAGAGUAAUUCCAACAUCCUCAGCGGCCGUCUUGCGCUCCUUGUCUCCUUCGCAGCGACUGUCUUCAUCGCCUCCUACUCCACCAUGACCAUCAUCUGCACCAACAAGCCGGACUGCAACGAAAUACACCCUUAUGUUGUUUGGGUGCCUAUCACCGGCUUCAUCGUGCUCAGGAACAUGGUCGGCAUCCUGAGAACCCGCUACUCCUCCUUCUUCGCCUGGUUCGGACGCAUAUCCCUGGAGCUCUUUGUCUGCCAGUAUCACGUGUGGCUCGCCGCCGACACACAUGGGGUCCUGGUGCUCAUCCCCUCCUACCCUGUUGCCAACGUCCUAGUCACCUCCUUCAUUUUCAUCUGUAUUUGUCACGAGCUCCACCACAUCACGGAGGUCUUGGCCCCUUUUCUGGUGCCCAAUGAUUCACUGAGAGCUGUUCGGAAUCUGACGGUGUUCCUCUUCCUCCUCAUGGCUAUUGGUGUGCAUGAUGGUGUGUUUUAAAGGGUGUGUGGAUGUGAUAGGGUUGUGUGUGUGGUCAUGGGUGGGGGUUGUAUGGGUGUGUGACAGAAUGAGUGUCUGUGUGUGUGUGUGUGUGUGUGUGUGUGUGUGUGUGUGUGUGUUUAUGAGGGAAUGUGUGUGUUUGGAUGUAGGUGUGAGGGGGUUGUGUGUGUGGUCAUGAAUGGGAUGUGUGUGUGUGUGUGUAAGGGAAUGAUUGUCUGGGUGCUCUCAUUUUAAUCUUUUCUCUCUCCCUCUCUCUCUCUUAUUUAUUUAACAUUGUGGACCACUUAAUUUAUUCCCCGCAUUACAGAUUUUAUCAGUUAUGCAGAAUAUACAGAUGGGCAUUUAAUAGAACAAUAAUAUAUUAAAUGUUGAAUGGACGGGUCAGUGAAAUGGCUGGAGAUUAUACAAGACUACAGCACAUGGGUUGAAGCUGUGCGUGCCCCCUCGAUGGAAAUCCAGGAAGACAAGCAUUAGAGUUUUAGGAGAUAAGUUAAAGUUGUUUAUUUUUUAUUCAUUGUCAUUUUCUUCUACCUCAUUUUGUGUAACGUCCUUAUCUUCUUUUGCGGGGCUGGAUUUUUGUUCUUACAUUCAGUGUGCCAUUUAAUUAGGGUCGUGAGGGGCUUCCUUGAGCAUCGGCAUUCACAACAUAAUCACAAGUGUCACCAAAGUCUCAGCUACACAAACAAACAUAACCUGAAUACAUAAUUAAGAUCAAGUGAAAGAACUCAAGAUGUCAAAAGUGUAACUAUGUGAUACAAAAAGUGCACAAAAUAUGUUUUCACUUUUUUUCAGGGCAUUUUGCAUUUAAGCCUUUUAGAUGUAGAUCUGUGAAGAGAUCUUCCUGUAAAUAUGUUUUUUAUGUAAGAAAUGGCACCACACAAGUUGUUAUUCCUCAUGCAUAAAGUUUUUUUCUGGUCAUGCACAACUAAGAAUUAAGUUUUUGAAAGGAUGGUGACUCCCAUGUCUUGGCCCUCAAGUAGUGUCCAUAGCAGUGUUUUCGUUGAAGUAUUGUUCACACUGGACAAGACAGGGAGCACCGGAAACUAAUAUGUAGUUAACUUUAGUCUCUCUCACUGAUAUUGAGCUGUCACAUUUUCGGAAUGUAAUGACAAGUGUACUUAGUGUGUGUGUGUGUGUGUGUGUGUGUGUGUAAUUCACCAUAUUCUGACCACGCAAUACACUCACGAUUGCCAGUGUACUUAGUUGUGUGUUUGUGUGUGUUUUCUACAGAAUUCAUGUAUUAAUGAUUGUGAUAUGUGAUUAAUAUCAAUGCGUGUGAGAUCACUUAAAGAGUAGUACCACAAGAUGAGUGAAUGACAUAAUUGAUUUAAGUUUCUAUGUACUUUAAGAUUUAGGAAGCCCAGUCAGUUAUAAGUCAUUUAUUCCUAUAGUAGAGUUAAUUUUAUGCCGUGGCAGGCAGCUCCCAUCAAAAUAAGAGUAGACAUUUUCUUACCAUUCCCAGUUUACUGACACCCAUGAAGCACCAGUGGACAGUUUUUAUAAAUUGCGCAAAUCAACAAAAACUACUACUGUUUAUAAUCUGCUGGCAGUGAAAUUUGAGUAUGUGUAUAUCCUUACAAAGCACUGAAACAUGACAGAACACUAAAAAGUUUCAAGUAUACAUUGCAAUUAAAAACACAUCCAAUUUUUUUCAAUGUGUUUGUGGGAGACUUAGUGUGGGAAUGAGUGUGUGAGAAAAAUGCAUGUAUCUCUUAAUUGGUGCUGGUCUGCAUGUCAAGCCACUCCCUUAGCCAUUUUUUCCUAGUUAAUGAUACACGGGGUAGGCAGUGGCCUGGUGGUAAUGCCAUGAAACUACUAAAGGUGGGGUUCUGAAUCAAAGUCUUGCUAAGAGUUGAAUCUUUAUGUCAGAAACGCCUGAUUUUUUAAACGUAUUAGUCUUUAUUGGGCUGAUUUGUCUUUUAUGGUUUUGUUGAUUUUUUCAUGUAUUUUAAUGACAGUUUGUAAUGUGUCGACAACUCUGUGAAAAUCCAACACAUCUGACUAACUCCGUACCGAAACUUUAACUAAAAAGCCACAUAACUUUAUAAGUACUAAUACGACCUCUACAAACAUCUGGCUAAGCAACUGAGAACACCCACUUGCUGCCCAUCCAUCCUGACGUGGAAUGACUUGCCGCUCCUGUAAAGAAAAUACGAGCAGUCAAAGAAGAGAUAUAGGGUCAAUUUUUCAUGGAUAAGUGUCUUGGGUGGUGGCCCUUCACACUAAGGAAAAGACAAGUAAUAAUAUAAGUAAUGAAUUUAGGAGUUGAACAUUAUGGGUGCUUUGUCUUGGCCUGUAUGAAAAAGAGGUUUAUGAUUGUUAACUUGGUAGCAGCGGGGAUCAUGUUUCUUAAUGGUCCCUCUAAGCGAGAAAAAUCUGAAAAAAAAUCAUUAGUCUCACAAACCAUUUCAUAAUAUAUAUCAAAGCUUUUGUGAUCAGUUUAUGUAUCAUCUGUUUUGGGGGGUUUGUAUCAUGGCACAAAUUUGGCCCGUCGCUGCUUCACGGUAAAGCCACAAAUUUGGCCCGUCGCUGCUACAUGGUAAAGCCACAAAUUUGGCCCGUCGCUGCUACACGGUAAAGCCACAAAUUUGGCCCGUCGCUGCUAUACGGUAAAGCCACAAAUUUGGCCCGUCGCUGCUAUACGGUAAAGCCACAAAUUUGGCCCGUUGCUACUACACGGUAAAGCCACAAAUUUGGCCCGUCGCUGCUAUACGGUAAAGCCACAAAUUUGGCCCGUCGCUACUACCGGGUUAAGGUGAUGGUUAUGAUGAAGAUAAUGAAGGAAUGGUAAUGACGGUGAGGGCCAUGCCAGUGACUCCUGUGUUCUAUGUGUUGCUUGCGUGCCUAAUUCAAUCAUGUAUAUAUUAGUGAUUUGUUUGAUAUUAUAUAUACACGUAGAGGAUGCCAAAUUUUAGGUAAUCUUAAAAGACCAAUUAUAUACUUUUUGCUCUCUCUCUCUCUCUCUCUCUCUCUCUCUCGUACCCUCUUUGGCAGCCCUCGAUAUGCGGUGAAGCAUCAGUAUUACAGUGAAUGUAAAGAAAGUUGAAAUAAAGGAGAUGAAGUGAG